GUCGGGGGUUAAAAAUGAACAAGUAAAAGAGGCGACAUAUCUUUGAAAUUAUUUUAAUAUGUAUUAACUUGUCUCUGGCUGAACUGGUCUGAGAAUUUUGGUUUGACGUUUUUUAUCAGGUCAUCGCUUCAUAUAUGUGUGAACCAUGCAAAAUGAGACAGAAGCAUGUGUAUGAGUGUUUGUGUAUGUAUGUGUGUGAAUGUAAAAACAUAUUUUGGGUUUGUAGCAGAACUGUGAUUAUAAGGUCAGUGCAAAGGUAGAGACGCAGUUGCAACGACACAUUUGGCACUGAAAUUAUUAGAUAUGUUGUGGAAUUUUGUGGUUCUUGCUGCUCUAGUCGUGGGAUCAUUUGCGUUCGAUUUUCCUGACGAACGUUAUGAUGAAUAUGCUCAAAAAGUGGCUACAGAUUAUUGCAAAGCCAAUCAUGCCGAAGAGAAGAUUCCAGAAGUCAAGACUGCAAUAAUACAAUUUUCAAAGUGUUUGAACGACACGAUGAAUAUUGAUACAUUAUCGAAAGAAAUGAAUAAAGCUGUGGAGAGCGGAGUAUAUGACGAAAUAAUCCAAAUGUUCUGUGCUAAAGCUCCGCAACUAAAGGCUUGUGCCAACGAACGGUUCCAAGGAAUGAGGGCGUGCAUGCCGGCCGGAAUAGAGCGCUCCGCGAUGAAGAGCACCGAAGCCCUGAUUGACUUCGUUUGCGACAACAACGGAGCCAGGGCUACCGCAUUCGUUAAAGCGGAAGGACCACAGUGCAUCACAACUCGGUACUCGAUUAUGGACAUAUUUUCCUGCCCAAAUGCCAUAAAAUAUAAUUACACGAAGUUUGAAAAUAUAUACGGCGACGAACUAGCUACUGCAAUAUUAUCAAUGCCUGAAAAGGACCGGUGUAUCUUAGUGGACCAGACUUUGGAAUGUGUGCUGAAUAAGACAAAAACUUGUCCGAACCCAGCUAUCUGGCAACUGGGACAAGAGUUCCAACAAGUCUACAUAGAAAGCCUGUCUUGCACUAAGGUACUUCAACAUGCAUAUGCCGAAAUGGACACAGGAUUAGAAGGAACAGUAGAGAAUGUAACUGCAACUACAGCAACUACGGUAACAGGAGCGGCAGGCGGUUCCACGUUAGAUGUUUCUGAUAAUUCGCCUUAUGCAUACAGCAAACUGGUAGCUACAGAAAUUUGCAACGCAACUCAUGCCGAAGAAAAGACGCCAGAAGUACAGUCGGCAUUAAUAACAUUUCCAAAGUGUUUGGACAACGCAGCAAAUUUUGAAGUUUUUGCGAAAGAAAUGGAGGAAGCGGAGAGCAGUAGAUGGAGUGGAGUGGACAAAGCCAUCAAAAAAUACUGCGUUAAAGCUCCGCAGGUAAAGGAUUGUACCAGCGAUCUAGUCAAAGGAAUGGACCCAUGCCUGCCGACCGGAUUGGGGCACACUUUGAUGAAAACUACCAACGCCUUGAUCGACUUCGUUUGCGAAAAGGACGCAGCCAGGGUGACGACAUUUAUCAAAGAGGAUGGUCCACGGUGCAUUAGAGACUCGCUGUUCUACAUCGCGUAUUGCCAACAAGCCGUACAGUCCAACCUAACGAACUUGUUGAAUGCCACUAGCGAGAAUGAUUAUGGACUGGGUUCGCUGUUCAGUCUGUCACACCAGGACAAAUGCAACUUGGUGGACCAGAGCUUGGAGUGUUUGCAGAACUCGAUAAUGAGUUGCCAGAAACCCACUCUCAAACUGCUAGGCCAGGAGUUGCAACACGUCUUCGUAGAAAGCCUGUCAUGCUCUGAGGUAAUUGAACCUGCAAAUGCGGAAACAACAACUGAAGGAACAGAAGACACAGCUGGAAGCUUAUAUGCGGGUAAAGAUAUCGACGAACUCAAGAAGAUAAAACUCGAAUUAGAAGUCCGAGCUGCGGAGCUGGAUAUUUGGAACAGAGAGAAUGAAAUGAGCGUGUUGCAUACCGUGCUCACUUCGGACAUCAAGAAGAAGGGUCAUUAGGACUUCAUCUCCAAAUUCUCCAGCAGGGCUAGGACAUGACGCGACAGUAUCUCCAGUGCCGGCCCUAGCACUCGAUCAGUAGGCCUAGCACAUGAUUGCCGCGAGAGUAUGUCGCCGCGAGAUAGAUGAUACGUCUUCUUCUGUAUUAAUGACAUAAGGACGGGUAAUCUAUCUCGCGGCGACAUACUCUCGCGACAAUUAUGUGCUAACCCUGCAGAGUAGAUCGCCACUGUUAAAAAAAAUCACUGUUUUUAUCUGUUUUUGUUUUCUUUCGCGCUUCUACCAUUUGGUGCCUAAAGUGGCCGCUCUACCGGCCUUGAGUAUUUCGACGCGACGUAGAUCACACAUAAUGAUUUAACAUAUGGACGAGUAGACUAUGUCGCGGCGAUAUAUUGUCGCGUCAAUCAUGUGCUAGCCCGGUAGAUUCUUUCUUCAAAUAUGGUAUAUCUGUAAUAUAUCGCCAAAGAGUAAAUAAUAUAUAUUGGAUGCAUUUAAA